UGAAGGCUGGAACCAGCCCUCCAGCUCUGCUUCCUACUACCACACUCUUCUGACUCAAUAUCACAUCAACAGUAUUCUUCAACAGAAGAAUCGUUAUGCUGGAAAGUGUUCAAAGUGUAUGGGCUAAGCCAAGUGAAUUUAAUAAAUUCUUCUUCUUCAUCAGACUGGACUGGAAUGAUUGAUUGACUCUACGAGAUUUAAAGAAGAUACUGUGGCCUACUGUAUAAGGCAGAACAAGAUUGUUGUCGAGUCAAAGAGGGUGCAGAUUUCCUCAUAGGCACAUCAUCAUGUCUACAGAAUCUCCCAGCUCCACGUGUACUCACAGUGCCAACAGGUCCCUGACAACGACACCAGCCCCUCAGAUCUCCUCCCUACGCACCUGUGAGCCUCCAGGGUCCUCCCUCCAGCAGAUGGUGCACUCACAGUGUGAUGACAGCAGUUCUGUGUCAUUUACCACUGCCCAGCGUGAGAAAGAAAGCGCCACCUACAGACAGAGAAAUGCCGCUGCAGAGACCUGCAGGAGGCACAGCAUUGAUGGAGCCAUGGUAACACAGAGUCAAAGGUCAAACUUAGGGUCAGUGUCAGCUGACCGCUUCCACCCCUACCGUCGUCAGUUCAGCAACGGUGGGGUUGCCACGGGUUGGCUGGCCCCUGGUUCCCCUGUUCCCCCUGGGUCUCAUCCCUUCAUCAGUCUCGGAGAGGUGCAGUCUCCAGAUGGCUUCACAGACACAUCUACCAGUGAGGAACAAACAUGCUGGGAUACAUACAAUGGGAGUUUCCAAGCUUCCAGACUGAUGCAGGGCUCCCAGCACUCUUACCCAGAACCACUGGCUGCACCAAAGGAACCUUCCUGCUUCCUGUCCCAAGGCCAUGCCUCCUACAGCCCCCUAGCCCCACUGCAGCAGUUCUCUCCAGGUGUGUAUUCUACCAGUGGAAAAUCCAAAAGUUCUCAGUACUCUCUCCAGUGCCUCUCCACUCCAACCCAUCAGGACAGUAGCAUGCAGUCCCUCUUCCCCAAGCCCAUCUACUCAUACAGCAUUCUGAUCUUCAUGGCUCUGAGGAACAGUAAGACAGGGAGUCUCCCGGUUAGUGAGAUCUACAGGUUCAUGACUGAACACUUCCCCUACUUCAAGACGGCUCCAGAUGGAUGGAAGAACUCGGUCCGCCACAAUCUGUCACUGAAUAAGUGCUUUGAGAAGGUGGAGAAUAAGAUUGGCAACUCUUCCCGUAAGGGCUGCCUGUGGGCCCUCAACCCAGCCAAGAUAGAGAAGAUGCAGGAGGAGCUACACAAGUGGCGCCGCAAAGACCCCCUCACUGUCCGCAAGAGCAUGGCCAGGCCAGAGGACCUGGAUCGCCUGUUGGGGGAAAGACCAGGGAAUCUGAAAUCUUUACCUUUUUACCACCAGACCCCACUGGCAAGAUCCACCACAAACUACAACCCUACCCCUUCCUCCUUCACUUCAUCCCAGCCUCCAGAGCCCUGUCGUCCUCUCCACGUCCCCUCUACCCCCACGUCCCCCUUCCACCCUGACAGUCAACCAGCACCCCCGCUACAUGUCCCCCCACCACCCCCACCCCUUCUCCUUCUACUCCCCUGCGGACAGCAGCCUCCAUCAGGUAUCCCUCCCAAUGUGGGUACCUUGGGUUCCCCUUUGGCGGGGCAGACACCCUCCAACUGUAGCGCCACCAUACAGGCAGAGUAUAAAUUUGGGCCCAGGAGCAUGCAGGAGCUACAGCUAGAGGGAGAUGCUAGUAACGAUAUCGACACGCUCAACCCCAGCUUGACUGACCUGCAGCUCCACGGUUACUUGUGGGAGGAGCUGAGAGAGGACAGUCUGGCUCCUGAUUCGCUGGUAGCAAUCAGUCCCUCCUCGUCCCCCUCAUCUUCCCAGCCAACACACUUCCUCCUGGGGUCAAGUCUGAGGAGCACCUGUCCUGUCAACCAGACAUCAGAGUUGAUCUCUGUCGGGCUGGGGAAGGAGGAGGAAGAAGAUGAGGAGGAGAUGGACGGAGGAUGUGGAGGUCCAUCAGACCUACAUAUUUAUGGACAGUACCACACAGCCUACACAGGUGUGGAGAGUUUAGCUGGUUACCUCGCUUCCAUGGGGAACACCCCCAUACCUUUGCUUUGAAGCCCAGGAAUAGACUGGGGUUGUGAAGGUCAAGACUUAUCACAAUGUAGCAAUGAAACAGUGACAAUAUUGUGCACAGUUUGAUCACAACCAAACAUCAUAUUUUGCUUUGCUUUGAACCUGCAGAGCUUGUUGGUUCAAUUAGUCUACAAUUAGCCUGAAUCAAAUCUGUGAGCGAGUAGGGGUUCAGGUUUUAUCACAAUUGCGUUAACAAUAUGUUUUUAUUUGUGUCAUUGACUGUGGCUGGAUCAAAUUCAAAACUUGACAUUCAUGAGAAUGAAUGGAUCCAAAAGCUCAUGACACUGUUCAGUGAAUAGGAGUAGAGUGCAGUACCACCUAACUUCACACAAGAUGGCAGCAGAGAGCUUUAGUGACUUAUUUAAUGGAACUUUAGAGUUGUUGAUAGAAAUACAGCGCUGGUGACAUUUCUUCCUUAUUCUACACUACAGAGAAUCAUAUCUGUUCUACACAACAUAUUUCUAUGUUGAACAUUUUGUGAAGUAUCUUUCUCCUGAAUAAGCCCCCUGGUGUGAUAUGUUCCCGCUUUCGCAAUUUGCAUUUUUUUUCAGUUUAUGGUGACAAGAGAUGAUUCAAGCCAUCUGGUUUUUAGCUCAAAGCUAAUGAAUGUAAUUACAAAAUUUGUUUUAGCAUAAUUUCUGAUACGAAACAGGGAACAUACUCACUGUUAACUCAAUUAAUUUUCUUUCUAGAAAUAGUUUUCAAAGCUUUCUAGCUAAAUUACCAUUGAGGAUGGAAGUCAAUCUCAAGGCAGAGCCAGACAAUUGUUCUCAGACCUACCUCUAGUUCCUGUAAGUCCUAUCUAAUAAUUUAGCUUCCAUAAAUAUGAAAGUGAAUAAGGUGACAUCACCUUACCAGGAACAAGUUUUGAGAGUGUGUUUUAGUCAUAGCAUGUGUGAAAAGGCCUUUUUUCUUGUAUGGAAUAACUGAGUAUAUAGUAAACUGUCUUUGAUUUAUAGCUCUUGAACUGAUUCAUGAUUUGAUAUUCUAGUCUAGGCAAUUUGUUCUGCAUCUAUCUAAUUUCUGUCCAUCACAAAUCUAUCCAGACAUUGUAAAACAACCUUUGAUAUAAUUGGCUGUUCCCACAUAUUGUAGCUGGUGUCAUUGUUUUACCAUCUUGGGUAUCAAGUGAAAAAAGACCACAAGUCGCAUUUCAAGACUUCCCAAAAAAAUCACAUAUAUUUAUUUCUCUGAGUGGCAUUUCAACUGUCCAAACUUUACAUCAUUUUAAUUUACAAUAACCACAUUUCUUAUAAAUACAUCUGCAGAUCUCUUGAGACUAAAUAUGAGCGGGAUAUCAAAAUGAAUAUCUGGUUUUGAGUUCAUAUAUGACUAUCCUUCGCCUACUUUUAACUCGUCAAAGUGGCUACUUAAAAAAAUACUUUAGAAGAUAAAACUAUGAGUAUACGUAAAUAAACACGACUAGGGUUGCAAAAUUCCAGUAACUUUCCUAAAAUUCCCAGUUUCAG